AUGACCGAAGUGAGCUGGUGUGCAGUCAAAGGCGGCCCCCACGCCGAUAUGUUCCUAGUUGCGCUCAUUCCACCAAUGCUUGGUGGUGGCAUCAGAGGCACCUCAGUAAAUGGAAUGCCAGCGGCCACCACAGGCUGGUUCAUACUUGUGCAGGGCUGCGAAGCCCUCGACUUUGUUGAUAUGCUUAGUGUACGGGGCUGCCUGCGGACGGACCUUGAUAAAACAUUUCAAUUGGCCCGUGACGGUGAUUGUUCCAUUGGAGAGGGAGCGUAUGCCACCGUGUACCAUAUGCGGGCCCCUUCAGGUGAAAACGUUGCAGUUAAGCAGAUGAAUCACACCGCAGACCUGGAAUCGAUUGAAAGAGAGGUCAGCGCACUCGUGGAGCUUCAGGGUGACAACAUCAUCGGCUUCCGCGGGCUUUUCUGGAAGAUGGAGAUGGAGCAAGUUCGUUUCUCCAGCGUAUUUGAUUUGGCAUCCGGCGGUGAUCUGCUGUACAAGGUGCUGCACUUGGGUGGAAUGUCAGAAGCAGCUGCCAGACCACUUUUUAAAGGUAUCCUUCGAGGCUUGCACAGGAUCCACGAUCAUGGCUUUGUUCACAGAGAUGUGAAAACGGAGAACAUUCUGCUGCAGUCCGGUGAUGUGCCGAUGGUGGCCGACUUCGGGCUGGCUUGCCGCACCACCGAUGAGCAGCAAAUGUCAAGACGAUGCGGUUCUGCAGGGUUUGUAGCGCCCGAAGUGUGCUUGGGCACCCCAUAUGGCAACAAAGUUGACACUUUUGGAGCAGGAGUCAUUUUGUACUUCAUGUUGAGCAGGGAACUGCCUUUCAGCAGUCCUGAUCGGGACUCAGCCGCAACAAUGCGCAAAACGGUGAAGUGUAACUUGCAUCUUCAGCGGCCCCCGUUUGAUUCCAUGACGAGCCGCUUGCGAAACAUUCUCCGGCAGCUGAUCUGCAAGAACCAAGAGGACCGACUUACUGCAGCUGCGGCUUUGGAUCAUUCCUGGAUUGCGGGGAGAUCUGACAAGACCAGCGGCUCGUCAAGCAAGAAGAAGGAGAGGGACAAGGUCAUGGAGACUCUCCUCGCACCUUUGGGUCCUCCCGGAGAGUUUCCACCUCCAGAUGCAAGUCAAGCUCAGCCGAGUGAUUCCUCGGCAGGAGCCUAUGCAGCACCUGGUGAAAUCCAGCCUGAUUUCCAAUGA